AUGAAACGUUCACUUUCAGUUUCAGUUUCAUCAGCAACGAGCGAGGAGAGAAAGAUGAAGAAGGUGAAGGAGACAGAAAUUGAUAACGAGGUUUGUAACAAGAAUCGUGGGUUGGUGAGUUUCGAUGAGAACAUGUUGUUUGAGGUUCUGAAACACGUGGACGCGAAAACGUUAGCUAUGGCUGGUUGUGUGAACAAACAGUGGCACAAAACGGUGCAAGAUGAGAGACUCUGGGAGCUGAUCUGUACGAAACAGUGGGCAAACACGGGUUGCGGCGAACAACAGUUGCGAUCUGUGGUUCUUGCUCUUGGUGGGUUUCGUCGUCUUCAUUCUCUUUAUCUUUUGCCUCUUUCAAAGCCUCAGACAUCAUCGUCAUCGUGUUCCUCGUCUUGGGGUCCAAUACCACAGGUGAUUCGGUCGAAACCGUUACCUCGUUUAGGGAAAGACGAGGUUCAUCUUUCUCUUUCUCUUCUCUCUAUUCGUUAUUAUGAGAAGAUGAAUUUCAAUAACAGAAACCUAUGA